CUGCAGGCACACUAUCAAACAUCAUCGGACUGUUUCGCCGUGUAGACGUGUUGUAUGUAACCUAUCUCGUACUUUCGCGAGUUAUAUACAUACCUAUUAGUGUUUGGUGUUAAAAAUUUAUUUGUGAAUUUUGUUAAAUAACUCAAGUUUUCUAUAAAAUUAUGGCAGUUCCUUUUAAUAUACCAGAAGAUCACAACGAAGUGGAAGUUAUUAUUAAUCAAUUGCAGUAUCUGUUGACUAAACUGCAAGCUGCGCUCAGAAGGUCUAGGAGAGGAAAUCCUCAAAAUCAACUUUCAUCUCAUGCCAGUACAACUAGAGUUCGAACGAACAGUUCGACUAGAUCUCGGGUAAGAGAAGGGUCAUCAGUCUCUUCUUCAGCCUCUUCGUCUUCAUCAUCAUCAACAACGACACCAACUACGACAACAGCCUCUUCCGUUCCAUCUGCAAAUUUCCCUGAUAUCCUCAACAAUUUGGCAUGGUUGGCGGCAAUAAGUCAGGAAUCUAUCGAUUCCAGCUCUCAACAAACGACACACAUCAGACCGUCGAGGAGUCGAACACCAUCAGAAUCAUCAUGUUGUGAAGAAAGCAAAAUAUCCGAGGCCGCUUUGAGUCAUGGAAAUGUGCAAGAUUGGAACCAGGUUGGUUGCAUUCUACGCAAGAUUACUACAGAUCCGAAUCUGAUAAUACCCGAGGAGACUGACAAUGAGGUCGAAGACGAAGAAUCAUCAGCAAGGACGAAAAACUACUCAAGAGAGGGGAUCCUAUCAAAAAUUGUGCCAGGACCAGUGUCUGCCCCCCUAUGGACUGCUAUGAUCUGUUUUGUAGGUUGGCAUAUAUUUCGAGCACGGUAACUGCUCUGCCGCUACAUUACUUGUACUUUAUCCAAAGCAAAAGUGAUCGUUAAUCGAUAGAUUUAAAUAAAAAAUGUAGAAAUAUGCUACAUAUAUUAUGUUUGCUUUAUUACUGUUUUUAUUUGAUAUACUUUCGGUGUGUUUUUAUUUCAUAUAUGCUAUUGUACAUAUUAUAUUCACGUUGUGAGUGUUCUAGAUUUAAGAAAUAUAUCAUUCAUUUUUUACCUUAUGAAGGUGUACGUAGGUCAUUUGUGCACAAGUUUGUUCCAAAGAGAGGAAAACAAAUCAAAGCAUUGAUCUCAUCUUGUAGGGCCACGUUUUGGUCUGCUCUCAGGAAUUUGUACGAUUAGAUUAUUCUAUUUUUGAGUUUUUAAAUCGAUAACUUUGGUAGUUUUUAUGUUUUUGUAAAUGGAUUUGUAUAUAAAAUUAAAGUUGGAUUCAGAAUAGCCAAAGAUUGAAUCGUGCCAAACGGCCAAGAGCAAGAGCAGAAGCAAAGCCAAUAUGCAUUUUGCAGGUGGGCGCGUCGGCUUUCGCUAGAGUCUGACUCUGUUUGUUUUAGUAUGUUUAAGUGGAUGGAGCAGCAAACGUUCAAUUUGCAGCUCUAAAGGUUUUCAAAUGAUCUCCGUAGUUAGAAUAGCGCGGUGCGGCGGAAGCUGGAUGUGUGCCGCAAAGUGCCGAUCAAGCCCGCACCUGAGAUCUGUAAAUAAACAAAAACAGCUCAAGUCGUGACAAUUUUUUUUACUCAUUGUGAUUCAUUCAUUCAUCGCUUUUUUUAUCAUCAUUUUCUAAUUAGGUACAUAAAUUAUCAUUUAUAUUUUGAUCAGAUUGAUGUGUGGAACGACUUGCCUGGCUGGCUACAUGCAUGUUACAUAGCUUUCUUUAAUUUUCUUACAUACGAUCUAGGAUUAUUUUAAAUAUAAAUAUGCUGAUAUUUUUAAAGAAAUUAAAGCAAUUUAAUUAAGAUAAGAAUUAUUAGGUUAAGCAGUAGUUUUUAAUAAGCUGCGCUGUAGAUGGCUCUUCAAAGCGUCACUGUGAUUAUGCCGAAGAGGCAGUUAAGUAUGUAUUUAGCGCUCCAAAAGCUUACGGAGCGCUUUUACAUCAACUCCUGUUUCCACUGAUCUCCGAAAUGCAUUUUAUGUUUGUUUGCAGUUAUCCCUAGUCAAUAUAGUCGUUGUGUUUUUAGGGUUGGCUAGGAUCAUUUUUAUUUUUUCUCAUAUUUUAUUGUAGUAUGUGUGUUAUUUGUUUACUGUUUACUGAUUUUAUUUAACAAAUCAGUGGCGAUUCAUUGUGCAAAUUAAGUCGGGGGCUCUUGCGUUAUUUUUUAUUAAUUUUUUAGCCAGCAUCCUGAAAUCGAAUAUUUAAUUUUAACAAAAUUUGUUUUAGCAUCAAUUUAACAGCUCCAAAAAAAUUAAAGAUAAUUUAGGGCCCCCUUAAAGAGUUGCAACUGUUUAAAAACCAUAUAGAUUAUAAUAUACCAUUGCCAUAUAAUAUAAUUAAAUGUAUUCACUGUCAAAUCAGUUAGUCAGUAUUGUUCAUAUAAUUACAACCUCCAUCAAUUUAGACAAGAUUAGAAUUUUUGGUUUGUGUAAAUUCCUAUAUAAAUAUAUUUUGCUCUUUUACAGAAUCCAACAGACUACAAAAAUUUUGUCAAUUAAUAACACCUGUUCACUUAUUUUAAAUUAUAUAUAAUUAAGAUAUUAUUUGGUUUAUAAGAAAUUUUCUUCUUAAUUUCUUUAAAAAUGUAUAUUUUUAAUUUUCUAUUAUACAUAUAAACUUGAAUUUUAAGGCAAAAUAAAGAAAUUAAUAUGACAAUUCAUAUAUCCAUAGCAUUAAGAAUUUAAAAACUGGAACCGUCUGUGAUUGACCUAAAUACCUAUUUGAUUUUAAUAAUAUUUAUUUUGUUAAUAAAAAAAGUUGAAAAUGUCAAAAAAAAAAUAUUUUCUUAAUCAAUUUAAUGUAAAUAUUAAUGAUAUUUAUUGUCUGUCUAUCUAUCUAUCUAUCUUUGAUUUCUAAGAUAUUUAAAACAGGUUAAAUAUUGUUGGGUUAAGUAAAAGGAAAUUGCUACACUUUCGGAGAGCCAAAUUUGUACGAACGAUUCUGAUACCAAAAACUACGAAUGUACUCCACAUUUUUUAGGCGUCAUUUGUAAAACAUUUUAAGAAAUAAAAAUAUAUUUAUUUCGUUAAUAAAUAAAGAAAAAUUAAUAGAAUUAAUAAAUAGGAUGUGUUAUUGUUUAUAGUAAGUACGUUCGUAGGUUUUGCUGAUCUAUAGCCGUGUUGUACCGAAUUUCGCAUUUUGAUGUAUUUAACCCUGUCUGGACCAAACAGGCUACCGAGGCCAGUGAUAAGAAGCUCUCGAGUGACCAAUCCAAUUUAAGAAUUGCUUGUGUAAAAUUAUAUUGCCUAAUGCUGUAGAAAAAGCAAUUGAGAUAUUUUUUUGCUAUUUGAAAAGAGAAUUUACAAUCACUUGAAAAGGUUCGUUUGUCCAUAAUUGAUGGUUAAUGAAAAUUAUUUAUUUUCAGAUAUAAAUGUCAUAAGUUUUAUACAUGUUUAUAAACAUAUACCUAUAUUAAUUAUAUAUUUUUGUGAUGUAUGGGAGAAUGUUGAGCGUUAGUCAGUGGCGGCUUCUGGCCUAAAAACAAAUCUAUUCCAAAAUAUAUUAAACAAAUGUUACUUAGUCAUUAAUAAUAUUUAAUGUUUUUUAAAAAAAAUCCCACCAUGAAACCGCCGCUGAGCACUGCUGUGAAAAUAAACAGCCAACUGCAAUGCCAUACACACAUCUACUACCCAUGGUCUUUCACUUGUAACUUUUUCACUUUUAUAUAGUUGAUUUGAAAUAAAUGUAAACAUGCCGAAAGCAAAACUAUUUUUAUUUCCCUUUCCUUUAAAAUUAUUUACGAAAAACCAUAUUAGUUCUAC